AAACGGCAAUGGUCGGCACGGUGGCAAAGAAUGCAGGCGAGCUGUCUGGAAAUGCUCUGGAUGCACUGUUCAAGGCAGCCAAAUUUGCGUUGCGCAUUCCAACCGGUGCAGACCCCGCAACAAACCGCUGGACAGCGCUUGACAUUGUAGACCAAAUCCCGUCGCGCAAGUUUCUUUACCACGGUGAACGCCUCACUGCGUACUUACUAGCGACAAUUCCAAACUUUGAGCAAGUGCGCUGGUUGUUAGCCACGGAAAUGCGGCGGACAGAGGCGCCAGAGCUGGCCAGCAACGAGCUGGGUCUGUCUGCGGAUGAAGUCUGCAGCUUCUUCUCUACGCUAAAAUUCCGAGUCGCAGUAUACGAAUCGAAGGUACCCCUGGCAGCAUCUUCCACCCAGCAAAUGCAGCAACAUAUAGCGUCACCGAUGGCCAACCGGAGCAGCACGCUGGCACCCUUGCCACUUGAACGUGCACCACAGGGCUUCUCAGCUCACUCUAAGCAGGUAUUUCGAAACAAGCCUAAUGUUGGCCAGCUGCAGACACGGAGGCCGGUGGCGACCAGCAGCAUGCCAUCUUACGUAGCGAGCAUUGACGGAACGCUGGCUGACAAACUGCUGGUUGAAAGAUCUGGCGAUGGGUCGUGGCACUGCGUCUUCCCGUUUCUGCUCAACACACCAACGCCUGUGGAGACCUCAGAGCUGCUGCCUGUAGAUGACAUUCUGUCGUUUGAGAUCCGUGUGGCGUGCACAGGGGUCGAUGAUAUGUUGCUGGCCAAAUCUAGCGACCAGCCAGUCGACCCUUUAACAUAUAACGACCGCUCGGUUCAGCUGGAGGAGCUUGCUGCAAAGUUAUCAUCGGGGGUAUCCAUAUCGGAGCAUACAGCUAAUGGGUACAGCAAAUCCCUGAUGCCACCCGUUACAAAGGCGGUUGCCAACAUGACCGGUGAUACUGAGGGCAUUGAGUCUUUACCGGUGCUGCCACGGCGUAUGUUCCAGGCCGUGGUGACAGCCCGCCCAAUGGUACAAAUCAGCUCGCGUGUCAUUAGUAUGCCACGGAGCUUUGGGUCCGACAACAUGUUGGUAGAGAUUAGCGUGUUCUGUGAGGAGGACUCUGGACCGGACGUUACUCUUCACUCAGUUGAUGCUGAUUCGCCAUACUGGUAUGUUGUUGGUGUUGGCGCCAUCGAGUCAGCGCCCCUGUUGCUAGGCAAGGGACUGUGUUGGAAGUCGAUCUUCAGGGUCUGUCCUCUGAACCGGUCCACAACGCGGGCCACAGCGCCAGGACUGAACCUGCUAAGCACUACCGCAUAUACAGCAGAGUCGCCAACAUCAGUGGACAAGGAGUUGGAUAUCGUAGCCGACAACUACGGCCUCGAGUCGGAUGCCGCAAUUCCCACAGCUGCCACCGAUGCAUCGCUCAGCAGCUCACGUAACAGCACGCAAUACCGCCGCCCAUCUACUGCUAACACGGCCUAUGGACGCCGAUCGACAGCAGUUGACCAGAUCCGGUCGCCUGGGUCGAAAUCGGCUGUGGCUGCGACUUUUGAGAGGACCAGCAGCCACAUGCGCAAUGUCUCGCUUGAUACUCUCGCCCAUCCAACCCGCCCUUCGGCACGCAAACUUUCAAUUGCACACCCUCAGUCACAGCAUCAGCCCGAAAUGCUAUCUGCUAGCAGCAUGUCAUCGCAGUAUGGCGGCUCGAUGGCCAUGAGACGCGGGCACCUACGGAACAGCCGAUCCAGUGCCAUGGGAGAUUUUGAGCCAGGCAGCCUUGGUCGGCUGCGUGGUAACCAAGUGCCUGCUGAGGAGCAGCAGCCGCAAGCAGACAUGCGGGGUCGGUCGGCAACCAUGGCAGCGCCCAACCUGCGGUCACCAACUUCGCCUCGACAAGCGUUCCAGCGCCAGUCGCUGUCAGAGGUGGUGGAGUCACGGGUGUCGGCUGAGAGUCAGAAACGGCCGAGUGUGGCACGCGCAUCGAUCUCAGAGCCAGCCCCGGACCCCGAGGCAUCUGUCGUUGACAUUGGCACGAUCAGUAUCUCGUUCGACGCUCCCUCAAUAGCCAUGCUUGGCGAGGAGUUUGUCGUACGUGUGCAUAUUUCGAACAACACCAACGUACACUACUUCCGCCUAACGUUGCUUGACAUUUCGCGCCGUGGCGAGCAGCUGGCUGUGGCAGAGGACGGCGAUCAGCCUGACCUGUCGCCUGGCCUUCUUUCUCUGGACCAUUCAACCGAGAUCCCGCCACUGAGGCCUGGAGAAUCGGCUAGCGUAGCACUACGGUACAUUGCUGCCGAGCCGCACUUCCAUUCAAUCAAGAUGCUGCGGUUGCUAAAUCUGGAUGCGGACACUGCUGACAAAUCUUUGUUUGCGAUAGAGUCGCCAUUUGUGGUGUUUGUCGAUGGCAGCAGCCGCUAG